AUGUCACUCGACAAGUACGAGCGACUCGAAAAGGUCGGGGAGGGCAAGUCGCGACUCGCAACCUUCGCUCAACUCGCGAUGGGCGAAGGCUCGGACGACGGCAGCGCACUCAGGGCGCUGUACGAGACUCGCUGGAUCCACCGUACCUACGGCGUCGUCUACCGCUCCCGCAACAAAGAAACCGGCGAGAUCGUCGCGCUGAAAAAGAUUCGGCUCGAGGCAGAGGACGAAGGAGUGCCCAGCACGGCGAUCAGGGAGAUUAGUCUGUUGAAGGAGAUGAAGGAUCCGAAUGUCGUUAGGCUGCUCGACAUCACCCACCACGACACGAAACUCUACCUCGUCUUCGAGUUCCUCGACCUCGACCUCAAGCGCUACAUGGACAAGGUUGGAGACGGAGAUGGAAUGGGGCCGGAGAUUGUCAAGAAAUUCACCUACCAACUCAUCCGCGGCGUCUACUACCUCCACGCGCACCGCGUCCUCCACCGCGACCUCAAGCCUCAGAACCUCCUGAUCAACAAAGAGGGCAACCUCAAAUUGGCCGACUUUGGACUCGCGAGGGCGUUUGGCAUUCCCUUGAGGACUUAUACUCACGAGAUCGUCACGCUCUGGUACCGCGCGCCCGAAGUCCUCCUUGGCUCGCGACACUACUCGACAGGCGUAGACAUGUGGUCCGUCGGAUGCAUCUUUGCCGAGAUGAUCAUGCGCCAGCCGCUCUUUCCCGGCGACUCGGAGAUUGACGAGAUCUUCAGGAUCUUCCGACUACUCGGCACGCCGGACGAAGACGUCUGGCCAGGCGUGACCAACCUCCCGGACUACAAGACGACGUUCCCGCAUUGGCACGCAAAGGACAUCAUGGACCACGUCCCGGGGUGCACGGAGGAGAGCGCAGAGUUGAUCAUCGGAAUGCUCGCGUACGACCCGUCGAAGCGUAUGAGCGCGAAAGCAGCACUCAAGAGCGCCUACUUCGACCACGGCGCAUACGGGGCAUGA